AAGCGUAACGGGGAGCGUCUGCGCAUGUGCAAACCGGAAAUUCAGAGACGGACCAAGAUGGCUUCGUCCAUGGGGGGAAUGUUUCCUGGCCAACAGCCGCCCGGGACUCAUCCUGUCGGGGUUCCUGGUGGACCGGGUCAGCCCGGUUUACUGCCUGGCGGUUCUGCUAACAGAGCCCAGGGAAACAACACUUUGGUGGACGAUUUGGAGGCUUCCUUUGAGGCUUGUUUUGCUUCCUUGGUAAGCCAAGACUACGUAAACGGAACAGACCAAGAGGAAAUCAGAACUGGGGUGGACCAGUGCAUCCAGAAGUUCCUGGACGUGGCUAGACAGACAGAAUGUUUUUUCUUACAGAAAAGGCUUCAGCUGUCUGUACAGAAGCCAGAACAAGUUGUCAAAGAGGACGUCUCUGAGCUCAAAAACGAGCUCUUGAGGAAGGAGUCGCUGGUCCAGAAGCACCAGUCCAAGCUCCACCACUGGCAGCAGGUGCUAGAGGAUGUGAGUGUCCAACAUCGCAAGCCCACAGACCUUCCUCCUCCUGGGCCACUGGCGUUCCUGGAGCAGGCCUCUGCCAGCCUCCCUCCAGCCCCGCUCAAGCCAAACUGACACUUACACAGAUGUAGUUGUAUAUGCUUAUUUUGCAGUCCCCAUUGUGUAAACCUAUGAUGGAAUUAGAGAAUGUGUGGGAUUAUUGCUCUUUUGACGUCAUCCAAUAACAUUUUU